AGCAGUAUCAUUGACGGAAACUGGACUUUGUGGAGUUAUUGGUCCACUUGCUCAGUGUCUUGCGGUAUCGGAAUUACAACACGCCAUCGCGCAUGCUCGAAUCCGUCACCGACAUUUGGCGGCAAAUAUUGUGUCGGGUCAAAUUCUGAAUCUUCAAAUUGCACUGAGGCUUCCGAGGGUUGUCCGGUUGACGGCCGCUGGACUUUAUGGAGUUUUUGGACCCAGUGCUCGGUUACCUGCGGAACAGGAAUUCAGACGCGUCAUCGAGCAUGUGCAAACCCUUCCCCGACCUUUGGCGGGCAGAAUUGUAAAGGGACUAAUCACCAGACGACAUCUUGCACAGAACCCAUUUGCAGAAAGCGCUCCAGUUAACGUCAAUGCAGGCAAAACGAAGCCGGCGUUAAGUAAGAACAUGGUAUCCGGACCAACCUA